GAAAUACAUACGUAUAGAAGUAACAAAAAAAUGAAGAAUUUUACUUCUCUACUCUUGCUCUUAUGCGUUGUAUCACUCGGACAAGCAGUUCAGGUAAUACAAUCCAGUGAUGGACAGUACCUGUAUACUUAUUACAGUGACGGUGGUGAUCUCGUAAAGUUUACAGAAGCAGAUUUCAAAUGUGCUACAUACAACAAAGGACACGGGGUUUACAUUAAAAGUUCUGCUAUGCAAGAAGAAUGCUUCGAACUAGUGGAUCAAUGGGGAGGUCGCCAGAUUUGGCUUGGAAUGUGGGACUACUACACCGAAAACUAUUGGUACUACCUUGAUGGAACAAAAGUAGAUGACUACUAUACGAAUUGGAAUUCUGGCGAACCAAACGAUAAAUUGCAGGAGGAUUGUGGGACAAUGUAUUCUUCUAGUGGAAAAUGGAAUGACGAAGAUUGCGGUAACAAAUAUGGAUUCAUUUGCCAAAAAGAUGCGAAUUUAUUCCGAGUUUCGGACAAUACUCAGUUGAUAUUCAGUGAUGCACGAGCAACAUCUGCGAUAGCAGAACAAAAGUGUGCUGAACUUGGAUAUCAACUAGUUCGUCUAACAUCAGAUGCGUUGUACGAAAUGCUAGAUGAAAACGAGAAAAGAAACAAAGCCACAAAAUACUGGAUCGGAGGCGCAAGAGAAUGGACUUCAGGAAGAGUAGGCCCGAACGGUAACACAUGUGCCUCUAUGGGGUCUCGUGACUUGGAAGCAGAAGACUGUAAUCAGGAAUUGUUUUACAUUUGCGAAGGAGUCCAUUCCUACGGCGUGAAAAUCAGUACGGAUCAAAACGAUUACAUGGAAUCAGACGAAAUCAUUAUCGACUGCACAGCAUCGGGAAUUCCCCUCCCCAAUGUCACGUGGCACAAAGGUCACCAACCUGUUGAUGAAACCUCCGAUCGGGAAGUAUAUCAGACUUCUGUCAAAGGCAAAUCUACUUUGAUAAUCAAAAGUGCAAAAUUGAGUGAUACUGAUCGCUAUAGAUGUUUUGCUGAGAAUGACGUUGACGGUUCCGUAUUGAAGACAAAAAGAAAAAUCGAUAUCCGAGUUCAUCCAGCGAUCUUGACUAAAAGAAUUGACAGCUUGCCAAGUAAAAAACGAUCCAGCUUACAUGCCCAAACACGGAGCGAAGAUAACAUCGGAGGUUUUCCUGCCAAUUGUCCAGAAUCUCAAAGCAAUCCUCACUGGAUGCUUCCAGCAAUAUUCGGCCUCAGCAUCACUAUAGUGCUUUUCAUUUUUGUCCUAAUCUUUCUGAGCGGACAACGUCGUCAGAAAUAAGAAGGACGACAAUAUGAGCAUAUUUAAUAAAUAGCAAAAUGCUUUAUGUUAAUUUUUUUUACUGAUUUUAAAUGCAGCAAUGCUUGGUUUUUGUUCUGAGAUUAUAGUUCCAUUAUUUUUAAUAAAUGGAAAAUAAGUGAUCUGCAAACUGGUGUGAAACAAUGCCCAAUAUUUUAUUUCUUCAAAUUUAUUUCCAUACACAUUUGGACUCGACCGUGCAUGACAUAAUGGUAAGAUGUGUAAAAUUUCCUCAAUAUAUACUGUAGUAUAUUCGAAGUGAAAAUAUUAUCGAAGUCUGAAAUGAGUAAUAACAUGUGAUGAUUUUAGGAAUUGUGUACUCAAAAUCAUAUCUUGUAAUUUGUGUUAUUUAAAACAUAUGAAAAUGCAUCAACUGAAUUAAAUGAAUUUUUGAUUACAAAGAAAUAAAUA